AGAUUGUAGCUCUAACCACACUCGUAGCCUGCGCUAGCGCAGGUUUGAUUGGUGGAUUAGGUGGACAUGGAUAUGGUGGUGGACAUGGAUUAGCCCUUGGAGCAGUCUCAGUUGCGCAUGCUGCACCAAUCGCUAUUGCACAACCCUCACACGAGUCUGUCGAUUACUAUGCAUACCCAAAAUACGAAUUCAACUAUGGAGUCGCUGAUGGCCACACCGGAGAUCACAAAUCACAAAAAGAAGUCCGUGAUGGUGACGUAGUCAAAGGUUCCUACACCGUAGCUGAACCAGACGGUACUCUCCGUACUGUACACUACACCGCUGAUGACCACAACGGAUUUAACGCCGUUGUUACCAGAAGCGGACAUGCAGUUCACCCACAGGUUGUCACCAAAUACGCCCCCGUAGCUAUUGCGCUUGGACAUGGUGGUGGACAUGGUUACCAUUGAUGAUCUCAGACGGCUAGAAAUGUUGCUCAUUCAUGUAUAUACCUCAUAAGUUGUUUUAGUGUUGUUCUUCUCUUAGCGUGCAUGUAUCUCAUCUUCGUUGUAUUUAUUUUUGUACUCAAAUAAAAGACGUUUGUAU